CACUGUGUCUGUCGCAUUACCGGGCUAUGGGGUCGACGGCAACUCUGCCUCCUUUACCCUCUUCACCGCAUGAGGAAGAUCUCUCUCGCACUGGGGCAUGGAUCGAAGCGAGCUCGUCCGGCGAGAGUAGCAGUGGCCUGAGAAAGGGCAAGGAGAAGGAUAGCGACCAGGAGACAUUGCACAGUGAAGAGGAGGGCGACGAGGCGGAGGGAGAGGAGUUCUCUGGGGCCGACGGAUAUCCCCCAACAAAAGAGGAGGAAGCUGAAUCACGGAGGAUUGAAGAGAAUCUACAAAAAUGGGAAACCGCAGAGAGAGAACGGCGGAAGGCAGCCCGUCAGUCUACUAUGACUUCCAGCGGUGGGAGCACACUCGUCAGUGAUAUCACACGUAGAGCGAGCCUCUUGUGGCCAUCCGGUCGGGCCAAACAAGCAUCCAUGGGCGGCGUCGGUGCACACCACAGAGUGCGGACAGCAGAGGACGGCGUUCCCCUAGAUGACAUUGAGGGCAGCCCCGCCAUUACCCCCGCUCCAUCCCCCGAACCUGGUGAUAACCCGUUCGCCACUCCUGCCGCCUCCACCCUCUCCCUCAACAAUAAUCUUCGACCCGCCAUCAUGACUGCCUCCUCCUCUAUGAACCCUUUUGAGCCCCACGGCAAUGGCGACGAUGCAUCGCCAACCACUCCCACGGCGAAACGGUCGACGCUCGAGGCGUCGUCUUCUUCCUCGAAACAUCCGCCUCCACCCGAGCCAUUAGACCUACCCAGGCCGCGUACCCCUCCGCCCCGCACUGAGACUCCCCACGCGAACCGGCCCCCGGAGCCAAUACCGCCACCCACCGUGGCUCCACCGCAGCAAGAGGAGGAGCCGCCGGCACAAACGCGAUGGUGGACGGAGUGGUUGUGCGGCUGCAGUGAGGGCCCAGACCGGGGAGGCGACCACCAGGCGGCUCGUACAAACCCGCUCGAAUGA